UGACACUACCCCAUCCAGUUUAUCAUCCUCCUACUCUUUCCCGUCAUCAGCAUCUCCAUCCUUCAUCAUGGACGGCUACGACGCUUUGGACGCGGCCACUUCCUCCCACACCAAGCAUCGUGGUGAUGACCGUGCAGGCCACCGCGACGACCGUGAUCGCGACCGCCGGCACAGGGACCGGGACCAUGAUCGCGACCGAUACGAUCGCGACGACCGCCGCAGACAUGACCGGGAUCCUUAUGGGCGGGACGCGGGACGCGAGCGCGAUCCUUACGACCGCCGCGACCGGGACUAUGACCGGAGGGACCGCGGCCGUCACGACGACCGUAGGCGCGACCAGGGUCGUGAACGCGACCCAUAUGGCCGUCGCGACGAGCGCGCGUGGUCCCCACCCCGCCGCCGCGGCGCUGACGAUCGGAGUGGCGGCCAAGGCCGCGACGCCCCUCGCGAUGCCGGGCGCGGUGGGCCUAGAGGUGGGGGGCGGCGCAGGGAUUCGCCUGCGCGUUCCCCUACGCCGACCGACGCUAUUCCGCUGGAAGAGCGCGUUGUCGAGCCGUCCCUUUGGGACCUUGCUCCCCCAGAGUUCCAGGGCAUCUCGGCGCUGGAGGCCAAGAUGACUGGCAUGUUCACAUACGGCCCAGGUCGUGUCGCACCUCCCAUGCACCUUGGGCAGCUUGCGGCCGGCUUGAUCAACCCGCUGCGGCAGAACAAGCGUGUGUACCAGGCCAACAUUCCUGACACCGUUUCGGAGAAGCAGCUCAUGCGCUUCUGGAACCGCCUCAUGACCAACCGCAACAAGGCGUCAGUACCCGGAGAGUGUGUCAACCAGGUGCAGGUCAACCGCGAGAAGAAAUUUGCGUGGAUUGAGUUCCGCAAUGCUCAAGAGGCGACGGCCGCACUGGAACUUAACGGCACCGAGUUUGAAGGGGCCCCUAUGGAGCUAAAGCGUCCAAAGGACUACAUUGGCAUUGACCCCGCGCUCGGCUUCCUGGGACCUGCCACCGAUGGCAACAACAAGCUCUUCGUCGGCGGGUUACCAACCAACUUGGGCAACGACCAGGUCAUGGAGCUGCUCAAGUCGUUCGGCGAACUGCGCAGCUUCAAUCUCGUCAAGGAGGGGAAUGGCUCCGUGUCUAAGGGAUUCGCAUUCAUUGAAUAUCAUGACCCUGCUGUCACGGAGAUGGCAAUCCAGGGCUUGAACGGAUUCCAGAUCGGGGAGCGCGCACUUGUGGUGCAGCGCGCUGCGACGACGAACCGCGCGACCGGCGGCGCACAGGAGCACGGAGCAGCGGCGUUCCUCGCCAAGUCGAAGAUUCUCGAAGAAGCCGACGCCGAGCCAGCCGACACGCGUGUCAUGCUCAUGCUCAACAUGGUGACCGAGGACGAGCUGUAUGACGACCAGGAAUACGAGGACAUCCUGCUCGACGUCAAGGAGGAGUGCGAAAAGUACGGCGUCGUGGAGGGUGUGCGCAUCCCGCGCCCCGUGCCGAAGAGUACCAAGUGGGAGUCGUCGGACUCGGCGGCGCAGACGGCCGAGAAGAACCGCCGCAUCAACGAAGAGAACGGCGUGGGCCGCGUCUACGUCAUGUACGCCGACAUCCCCGGGUGCCAGAAGGCGAUGAAGGCGCUGGGCGGGCGGCAGUUUGGCGGGCGCACCAUUCUCGUCGCGAGCACGAGCGAGGAGGACUUUAUGGGUCCCGCGCCGCCGCCGCCCCCGUCCGAGCCGCCGAUGCAGCUCGAGGCGCCACCGCCUCCGCCGCCGCCUGCUGCGCCCGAAGACAUGGAUCAGACGGCAGGCAACCUCCUGGCGGAGCUUGGGGUGUGAACUGCGUAACGGGGCGUGACGAGUCUGUCCAUGUAUUGCAUGCUGAUAACUGGCGUACGGCGUGACGGUGUGCAUGUGAUCUCGACGACAUGACAUGGGCGUCUCUGCAAUCUCUGCAUUUUCGGUGGUCAUGUUGUUGUGAGAUGGCCGCGGUGCCUGAAUCCCUUUCCUCAGGGGGGUUGUGUCAUAAUCUUCCAAACUCGCGACUGACUUUACUGAUUGCUGACCCCAUUGCCGCAUCGUGGUAG